CAAAAAAUCAACAUGUCUAGCAAAAAGGCAAAGACGAAGACCACCAAGAAGCGCCCUCAGCGCGCCACUUCCAAUGUGUUUGCCAUGUUUGAUCAGUCGCAGAUACAGGAAUUCAAGGAGGCCUUCAACAUGAUCGACCAGAACAGGGAUGGCUUCAUUGACAAAGAGGACUUGCACGACAUGCUCGCCUCCCUUGGAAAGAAUCCAACGGAUGAAUACCUAGAUGCCAUGAUGAAUGAGGCUCCAGGCCCCAUAAACUUCACAAUGUUCCUCACAAUGUUUGGUGAGAAGUUGAAUGGCACCGACCCGGAAGAUGUAAUCAGGAAUGCUUUCGCUUGCUUUGAUGAAGAGGCAACAGGGUUCAUCCAGGAGGACUACCUGCGGGAGCUGCUGACCACCAUGGGAGACAGGUUCACGGACGAGGAGGUGGAUGAGCUGUACAGAGAGGCACCCAUCGACAAAAAGGGCAAUUUCAACUACAUCGAAUUCACACGCAUCCUGAAACAUGGAGCCAAAGACAAGGAUGACUGAGGGAUGGUGAAAUCCACGGGUACCUGCAGAUAGCUGCUUAUUUCCCCCCAUUAAUUUCUCAAGAUCUGUUUUUAUUUUAUUUC